CACCCCAACCUCACUAAAUAGCUUACCGAGGUAUAAUAUUAGAUCAUCUCUAAGAAUAAUUCCAUUGGGUUAUUGUUUCUGAAGGCAAACACCAUUGAAGAAUUCUUGAAGCUAUCAAAUGGAUCAAGAACAAGAACAAAUGCAAUUUCUUGGCUUUUUAGGCAUCUUCAAAGAAACCUUCAAAAUCAUCUCAACUUACAAACAAAUAUUCACCCAAAUCACUCUCGCAAUCAUCCUCCCCCUCUCCUUUGUGUUCUUGGCUCAUAUAGAAGUCUCUGAAUACCUAUUUGGCGAAAUCCGAAGUAACGAAUAUGAUCUUGAUCAAACCCCCAAGAACACCAAGGAGUACAAUUCGCUAUCCGAUCUAAUCUCUUCUGAAUGGACAUACUUUUUCUUGUUUAAAGUCAUAUACUUCAUAUUUUUCCUCAUUCUCUCCCUCAUAUCCACCUCAGCUAUAGUUUAUAGCAUUGCAUGCAUCUACACAUCGAAACACAUGAGUUUCAAGACGGUCAUGAGUGUCGUCCCAAAGGUUUGGAAACGGUUGAUGGUCACGUUUGUUUGGAAUUUCAUCAUUGUUUUCGUGAUCAAUCUACUAUUUUUGAUAGUUUUGGUCUUGUGUACCAUGUCGCUUGGUUUUACGACGACUUGGAUUUUUAGUCUAGGCAUUUUGGGCAUUGUUUAUUUGGUGAUUUUGGUAUACAUUAGUGUUAUCUGGCACUUGGCUAGCGUGGUUUCAGUAUUAGAAGAAGAUUAUGGGAUCCAAGCAAUGUUAAAGAGCAAGGAGUUGAUCAAAGGAAAGAUGAAUGUUUCUGUAGCUAUUUAUAUUGUUCUAAACAUAUGUUUUAUUGGUAUUCAAGUGGGAUUUGAGAAGCAUGUCGUCCUUGGACAAGGUUCACUCAUGAUCAGAUCGAUUUACGCGGUUAUUUUCUUCAUGUUGCUUUCGUUACUGAUUCUUUUCAGCCUUAUCGUGCAAACAAUCAUUUAUUUCAUCUGCAAAUCUUUCCAUCACCAAAACAUUGAUAAAUCAUUGUUGGCCGAUCAUCUUGAGGUGUAUCUUGGGGAUUACAUGCCAUUAAAAUCCAAGGAUGUACAACUAGAAAGUUUUGACAUAUAGUAGAAUUACAGUGUAUGGUUACUUUUCUCUUUGUAACAGUAUGUGGAACUAUACUUAAUAUAAUAUAAUCUCGUCAUAUUCAUUCGAGAAUUCGCUAUUAA